UUUCACUUCCUUGCUGGUUGGAGACUCGACCACAGCAGGCUUCUCCCUCAGAGGAGGAGACCGUGAGGAGCAGUUGGAACCCAUCUCUCUCUGCCUCUUCCCGUAGCACCUGGCAGGCGCUCAGGAGACGUGAGGAGCGCGAAUGGGCAGAGCAGAAUCUCUAGAAGGGAAGAUGAGCGCCCAGGAUCCUUCAGAUCUGUGGAGCAGAUCAGACGGAGAAGCUGAGCUGCUCCAGGACUUGGGGUGGUACCACGGCAACCUCACGCGCCACGCGGCCGAGGCUCUUCUCCUCUCCAAUGGAUGUGAUGGAAGCUACCUUCUGAGGGACAGCAACGAAAAGACCGGGCUGUACUCUCUCUCUGUGAGAGCCAAAGACUCUGUCAAACACUUUCAUGUUGAAUAUACUGGAUAUUCAUUUAAAUUUGGCUUUAAUGAAUUUUCAUGUUUGAAGGAUUUUGUCAAGCAUUUUGCAAAUCAGCCUUUGAUUGGAAGUGAGACAGGCACUCUGAUUGUUCUGAAACAUCCCUAUCCAAGGAAAGUGGAGGAACCUUCCAUUUACGAAUCCGUCCGGGUUCACACAGCAAUGCAGACAGGAAGAACGGAAAAUGACCUUGUGCCCACUGCACCUUCUCUGGGCACCAAAGAGGGUUACCUCACCAAACAGGGGGGCCUGGUCAAGACCUGGAAAACAAGAUGGUUCACAUUGCACAGGAAUGAGCUGAAAUACUUCAAAGACCAGAUGUCACCAGAACCAAUUCGGAUCCUAGACUUAACAGAAUGUUCAGCUGUACAAUUUGAUUAUUCACAGGAAAGAGUAAACUGUUUUUGCUUGGUGUUUCCAUUCAGGACAUUUUAUCUCUGUGCAAAGACAGGAGUAGAAGCUGAUGAGUGGAUCAAGAUAUUACGCUGGAAACUGUCUCAAAUAAGAAAGCAGCUCGACCAAAGGGAAGGGACAAUCCGAUCUCGGUCGUUCAUCUUUAAAUAGACCUUCCUUGACCAAGGAUGCCCUGACCCGGGAGCAGGGCGGAACGGUCCCUGAUGUUGUGAUCCACAGCAGGCUUCAGAAGAAGGCUGACUAAGGAUUUUUCUUUCGAAACAAACCAAAAGCACAUGCAGAUUUGGACCUUUUGGAACCCACCACGUUUGCUCACGCACGGGUCACUGCUUGCCCUUCAGGACGUUGUCAUCCCCGUGAGAAUACCAAAGCUAUCAUCCUUCUGGUGGAAGCCGAUGAAGCACCGACCCGGGCGUGCUCACUCUUAGAACACGCCACAGAAGAUAAAGGGGUUUUGUUUUCCCUCACUGAGGUCACUGAGCUGCGUGGCGCUAGGUGCCGGGCGUCCCGUUCUGCGUCACGGUCAGUUCCUGCGACACCCAGGUUGUGCUACCAACCAGGAAGGGAACAGCUCCGUGCUUUCUUUGGCUGCUUCUACAGAAAGCAUAUAGAAAUAGCCAACACCAAAGACUGAGGGUGGGGGGCAGGGUUAGUUCUGCUUUUUUUUUUUUUUCUUUAUACAGAAAACCAAACAAAACUACAAUGGGAAAUUUCUUUUCUCUUUGUAACAGGCUCAGAAAUCUAGUGGGUCCUUCCUUCCCUUCUAAUGACAAGCCUGUGAGAAGUACGUGUCCUAGAGACACUUAGGUGGGAUGAGAAAGGUAAAGGAAGGUUAAAACCUAAAAAACAUCUCUUAAUCAUUUUGUGGGAAAUGUUUUAAAGAGUAAGAAAACAUAACUGGAGGAAAGGCAAUAACAUAGUAGAUAACUUGUAGUUUAAUAGUAACAGUGUUAUCAUUCUUGUAACUAGAACAAUAAUAGAGUACUUCUAAGCACUCAGUUGUCUUCAUCCAACAGACCGAGAGGCUUGUCAAGCGAGUGUGUGGUGACCGUCCCUUCCCCGGGGCGAGCUGCAGGCGUUGGCCUGGGGCAAGUAGGAAUGAACCCCUUGCCCUGAGGUCGCACAGCGCCCUGCACCUUAUUCAAGACCAACUUCCGCGGCCAGCUGAAGGCGCAACACCUUGGCCAGCUGAAGGCGCAACUGCCUGAAAUGAACAAUGAUGUGCGAGGCCGCAUUUUCAAAUUAGAAUACGAGGAUUGAAAUAGGUUAACAAUGAACUGGCAUCCAGAGCUCAAACAGAUUCUAACCCCUUCUCUUAUCUUUAUUAAUACUGUUUUUUUUUGUUUUGUUUUUUUUUUUUUACAUAGAAGUUGGAAGGGAAAUAAGAGCGGAGGAAGACCCCAAAUACAAAAGAUUACGGUGUAUGGUGCGAGGCUAGGAUAGAACACUGCUUUUGCCGUUCCAAAUGUGUACCUUGAUGAAUAAGUUUCUUCUGUUACUUAAACAUCUAGGACUCAGAGAUUACAUACACUCUUGUGUAUUUCAACAAGGUCUUUCAUGUAUACUGUUGUUUGUAUCAUAUGAGAUAAAGCAAAUGGAAACUUAAAAAUGCACUAUGUCAAGUUCACAAAGUAAGCAGUUGCAAAUGAAUCCUCACUGAGACAUGCGGGUUUAUGUUUUAUUUUCUUAGAACAAAGAGUUUUUCUUUAUGUAGGUAAUAUCAUUCUUAUUUUUUUGUA